AUGCAGCCGUCUCUGCUGGCACGGCCGUGCGGCAGCGAGGGAGGCGAGGCAGAUUGGGAGCAGCGCAUGGGCGCCGCGGCGGGCUGCGAUGGCGGCGAGCGGUCGCGCGGGGGUGAGGCGAGGUUUGAGAGCGAUGUCGGCGGCGAGGGCGAGAGGUGGUGCGGGAUCUGCCUGGACGACGUGGGGGCGCGCGCGCUACAGCAGGGCGCGCUGGACUGCUGCGACCACCUCUUCUGCUUCCCCUGCAUCCUCAAGUGGUCGCAGGUACCCAACCCCCCGCGCCACCCCACCCGCCAUCGCGCCGACCCUUUCGUGUCCCGCUCGCGUCCGCGCAUGGCCUCGCGCCACCCGCGUCUCCGCCGCUCGUCUCAUCGCUCCGCGCGUCGCCCACCUUCCACCGCCCAUCCGCCAGCCCCUCGUCCAGCGCUCUCCGCGUGUUUCCUCCGCCUGCCCUGCGCGUGCCCUCUCAAGCCGCCCGCCCUCGUCGACGUGGAGUCGCGCUGUCCGCUCUGCAAGCGCCGCUUCACUCGCAUCCGCCGCCUCGCGCCACCCUCGCACGGCCGUGCUGCGGGCGGGGCGGGCAGUGGCGGGGAGAGUAGCGAGAGGGAGGGGCAGGCGGGCGAGGAGGGCGAGGGCGGGGCGGGCGGCAGACGGCGGUCGGCCAGGGCAGUCACGAUUCGAGUGCCGCUGAGGGACCAGUCGAAAACAGUGGACACUGAAGCCGAUGCUGAGCUGGCAUCCGAGCUGGCAUCAGCUGACCUGGCAGCGGCAGCAGCAGGACCAGCGGAGCCGUACAGCGAUGCGGGGUGCAUGGAGUGUGGCAGCAGCGGCGACGAGCGGGUGUUGCUGCUGUGCGACCGCUGUGACGGGGCGGCGCACACGUACUGCGUGGGGCUGGGCUCCUCCGUGCCCCGCGGCGACUGGCUCUGCCCCCCCUGCGUCUCCGCUGUCGCCCGCAUGCUCGGGGGCGACGCGCAGCAGGGCGCGCAGGGGGCAGAGGGGGCCGCGAUGCCAGGGAGGGGAGGAAGGGGGUUGAGCAGGGAGCGAGGUGGGGGGAUGGGGUUGGGCGUGGGAGGAGGAGUGGGAAGCUUUGUGCUGGCAGAGAGCGAUGACGACAGUGGGUGGGAGGACGACGAGGAUGUGGAGGAUGGGGAUGGCGAGUAUGAGGAUGAUGAGGAUGAGUGUGAGGGGGAGUGGAGUGAGAGCGAGAGGGAAGGGGACGCUGAGGGUGAUGCUGAGGGUGAUGGCGGUGCCGAUGGUGGCAGCAGCAGCAGUGUGGGGGGCAGUGAGGACGAGAGCAUAGCAGCGCGCAUAUGCACUGGCAGCUACACCCCCUCCUCCACCGCCGCUGCCGCUGCUGCUGCGCCUCCCCGCCCCGCCCCUGCAGCUGCGGUGGGCAGUGGGGCAGCAGCGAGCAGCAGGAAGCGCAAGGCAGGGCGGAGCGGGGGCAGGCGGGUGAAGCGGCGCAGGACAGCAGCGACAGCAGGCACAGGUGGCGGGGGGGUGGGCAGGGGCAGGAAGCGGAGGGUGAAGGUGAGGAGGAGGAGAGUGAGGAGGAAGGCGAGGACAGUGGCGGGCAGCAGGAGGGGCGGCGGUGGCAGUGUUUCGGGCAGGGCGGGUGCGUUCACGUCAAGUGCCCUGCGUGUGCUGGCAGCAGGUGUGGCGGCGAGGCAGAGGCAGCAGCUGGCGCAGCUGAGGAGCAACAGCCGGUGGGCGGUAGGAAGGGCAGCGGGGGUGGGGAGUCAGCAGGCCAGCAGCAGCACUGGCAGCUAUGGUGGGCUUGCUGCUGCUGCCACCGGUGUUCCUGUUGCUGGUGCUGCUGGUGGUGGUGCGGCCGGCGCUCCCAUGCGUGCAUCCCCCCCAUCCAUCCACGACAUUGUGAGCCCCACCCUGCCAUGCCCGCCUGCUGCGCGCCGUGCUGGCUUGCUGGGCAGCACGCACAGCGGGGGUGGAGUGGGGAGUGCAAGGGCGGUGGGUGGGAGGGCGAGCGGUGCGGAGGAGGAUGAGAGGGCGUGGCGGCAGUUUGAGAGGGCGCGCAUGGCUGCUGCUGCCCUGGGCACUGGCGGGGCUGGCAGGGCUGCUGCUGCUGCUGCUGCUGGCAGCGUCAGCAGAGGAGGUGCUGUGGUGGUAGAGGGAGGCAGAGGGGCAGGGUUGGUGGGUGGUGGAGCGAGAGGUGUGAGGGGCGCUAUGGCAGGGAGGGCGCCCGCUGCAUUAGUACCGUUACGUGGUGGGGCGCUGGUACGUGGCAGCAGUGGCAGCAGGAGUGCGAGGGAUGGCACAUCCACGGCAUCACUAUGUGCCUCAACAUCAGCAGCAUCAGCAGGCAGCAGCCUUGUGUCAUCUGCCCUGCUCGCUGCCUCCCGUGCCCUGGCGGCCAAGCAGGCAGCAGCACCAUCGGCAAUGAUGCCUGCAGUGCCAUCAUCGUCAGCAGCAGCAGUGGCGCCCUGCAUGUCAACAGCAGCACCUGUCACGUCCUCCUCACUACCUGCCAUGCCCUCCCUCUCCUCCCUUUCCACCCCUUCUGUGCCCUCGCUCCCGCCCGCCCCGCUUCGCCCUGCGCGCCCCGCAACGAUGCCAUGUGCUGCGGCUUGUGAGAGGAGAGCCCUGCACGUGAAUGGCAGUGACGCGCUGUGCGGGGAGCAGGUGGAGCCGCGGCAGCACAGUGCAGAUGAGGCGCAUGGAGGCGCGGGGCUGGUGGGCGUCUGGGGGCUCCGACGAGUGCGGGAGAGGCGAGGGGGUGGCAGGGAACAGGAAGGGACGGAGGGCGAGUGGCGGGGCGUUGUGCAAGAUGCGAGUGAGCAGGCCAGGGAGGUGGGCAGCACUGCCGUGAUUGUAAAGGCUGAGAAUGGGGGUGAGGAAGGCGAGAGUGGGUGUGGGAUGCUGAGCAAUGGGGAGAAGGUGGCACAGGGAGGGGGCGAGUGGAGAGGUGCGAAAGUGGAGUGUUGUGAUGGUGAUGAUGCGGCUGAAUAUGGUGGGUCGGGGGGCAAGGUGGCGCAAGGACCAAGGCCAGCCAAGGCUGAAGAGGCUGCUGGUAGUGCCGAGGUGAAAAGAAGCGCGUGGGCGAGAGGUGGGGAGGAGUAUGGCGUUCGGAGUGGCAGGGCAAGUGGGAACAGGGAUGGAGGCAGCAGCAGCUUGGUGCCGCUGGGGCAAGCAGGCUGUGGCAAUGGCGGGGGUGCGUUGAAAGGCGCGACAAAGGGAGGAAAGAAUGAAACGAGUGGGAGUGGCGAGAGCAAGGGUGGUGGAGGUGGGAGGGGCGGUGGGGAGGUGAAACCAGAGAGGGGCACGGGGAGCAGGAGCAGCGAGGGGGCAAGGGAGGAGAGGGAGGCAGUGGUGCGUGCAGUAAAGCGAUAUCUGCAUCCCCUCUAUACAAACAAAACGAUAACAGGCCGCGAGCAGUUCAAGCACGUGGCGCGCGCCGCCACGCACCUCUUCUGGGACCGCAUGGCCCUUGCCGCCUCUCCACCGCCGCCCCUCGCACCACCUCCCUCGCUGUCCUCUCUCUGUAUCCGUGCCACCAGCACCUGCCAGCGCCCCUCGCCCUGCCACCCGUGCACCAGCAGCGUCACUCCCCCCUCGCCAACUCCCUCCAUGCCCACCUGCCGUGCUGCCACUGCGGCACCAGGCACUCUCUCCGUCCCUUCCAAUGCACGCAGCUGCUUGGGUCCGGUAAGGGAGGGGCACGAGAUGGCAGCAGCACAGGGGAAGGACAUGGAAGGAGGGCGUGUUAGAGAGGGGGUGGGUGGCGACAAGUCAAACAAGAGGGGCUCAGAGGGCCGAGAUAGUAACGCCGCCAAUGGUAGCCAUGGCGACGACAGCGACGAUUGCGGCGAUGGCGACGAUGAUGGCCACAUGUGCGCCGGUCACUGCGUCGCAUUCACCCACGCGCUCGUGUGCAAGCGAUGGCACCGCCUCGCCUGCCACGCGCUGACCACCGUACGCGUUAGAGAUUUCCUCCAACUCCCGCUACAGUCGCUUCUCCUCUCCCUCUCGCGCUUCCCCCACCUCACCUCGCUCGACCUUCCCCCGCGCAGCGUGCUGCCACUGACCGAUGCUCUCCUCCGCGCAUUGCCCGCCGCGUGCCCGCGCCUCUCCGCCCUCCGCGUCCGCCCGGAGCAUUCCCCCGUGAGCGCGGAGGCCGUCAGCGCAGCAGUGAGCGCGCUGCCGCGGCUGCGCGAGCUGCUGCUGCACGCCGCGUCACUGCCGCUGCUGCCGCCCGCCGUAUGCCGACUCGCCCGCCUAACCUCCCUGCACCUGUCCCUCCCGUCCCUCUCCUCCCUUCCCGAUGACGUCAGCAACCUAGUCUCCCUAAAAUCCCUCCACCUCUGCGCGUCCGCCCUCCACUCCCUCCCCUCCGCCGUGGCCCGUCUCUCCAAUCUGCACCGCCUGCAUCUCUCUGGUUCCUUCCAACGCCUGCCCGAGAAUCUCGGGCAACUCGAGAAUCUGCUGGAGCUGCGUCUGGCAGACUGCUUUGAGCUGUGCGAGCUGCCCGAGUCGACGGGCGGGCUGACGCGCCUCUCCCACCUCACCAUCGCCAACAACUUCGCCCUGGCGUGGUUACCACACUCCAUUGGUGGCCUGCUCGCCCUGCAGUCCCUGCGCCUGUCGUCCCUGGGGGAGCUGUCGCUGCUGCCCGAGUCACUGGGGCACCUCACACGCCUGGCCGAUCUCACGCUCAUGCACUGCCGCAAACUCACAGCCCUCCCUGCCUCGCUCUCCUCUCUCUCCUCCCUCACCUCCCUCUCCCUCUCCUGCCCUGCCCUCUCCGCCCUCCCCGCCUCCCUCGGCCAGUUGUCUUCUCUCGUUUCCCUAUCCCUCGCCGACAUGCCGCUGCUUUCAUCUCUGCCCGGUACUCUCGGGCAGCUGUCCCAGCUGACGUGUCUCACCGUGACUGGCUGCGACCGGCUGGUCGAGCUGCCCGAAUCAAUGGCCUUCCUUCCCCGCCUCGCCUCCCUCUCCCUCCGCGACACACCCAUCGCGCUCCUCCCCCUCCCCUCCGCCACGCACCCUCCCCCAUUGCGCCCGCUGCUCCCCUCGCUGCGCUCCCUCUCAGUCGUCUCCAGUGACCUCCUCGCCUCCCUGCCCGCCUCCCUCUCCCUCUUUGUCUCCCUGCGUGCCCUCACGCUCCUCGCCUGCCCGCGCCUCGCCCCUCUCCCACCACGCGCAUUGGCCGGCCUCUCUCGCCUUGACCGGCUCGUGCUGGGCGGGAGAGUGGAGGGCGCUGGCAUGGUUGGCAUGGGAGUGCGAGGGGAGGGCACAGACAUGCAGGGCGGAGAGCAGCACGUGGAGCAGUGGCUCUCACAAGUGCACUGUCUUGCUGCUGCUGCUGCCCGUGGCCCUGCCAGGGGCACCAUGCGCCCCAGCCACAGCGCCAUGCCGCACCAAGAUGCCACUGCACUGGAUCUCUCCUGGCCUCCCCCCCCUCCUUCCGCUCCUCCCCGUCGCCUGCCUCUCCUCCAACCCCCCUCCCAUCCGCCUCUGCCUUCGGACGCCUCCUCUCUCCCUCCCCUCUCCUCCCUCCCGUCCUCCCUCCCCUCUCUCUCCUACCUCCACACCCUCGCGCUCUCCCACCUGCCCCUCCUCUCCUCGUGCCCCGACUCCCUCUCUCGCCUCACCAGCCUUCGCCACCUCUUCCUCUCCACCCUCCCCUCUCUCUCCCACCUCCCUUCCUCCCUCUGCUCCCUCCCUCUCCUCUCGCACCUCCACGUCUCGUCCCUCCCGCGCCUCUCCGCACUGCCCCAUCGCAUCGGCCUGCUCCCCUCGCUCGCCUCACUGCAUCUCGCCUGCCUGCCCGCCCUCACCGCGCUGCCUCUCUCGCUCGCCCGCGCCUCGCACCUCACACACCUGCUGCUGGACCACGUGGGGGCGGGGACGCCCACCUUGCACCACGUGGGGGCGGAGGCACCACCACAGGGAUGGGGUGGGCAGGGCGAGGGGGAGGGCAGCGAGGGUGUGCAGGCUGUGCAGGCGUCACACGGGUCUCUUGGCGGAGAGGGGCCGCGGGCUUCUCGCGCCACACCGCUGCCGCCGUUCCUUCUCUCCCCGCCUGGCGGGCUGCACUGUGCCGCACUCACUGCUCUCACUGUUCGCUCCUGCCAGUGGUGCGCGGGCAACAGGGCUGAGGGGGAGGGCGAGGAGACAAAAGGGGAGGGCGAGGAGGAAGGGCGGGAGGGCGAGGCGGCGAUAAGCGAAGCAGUGGGGAGAGUGAGGGAGCAGCUGUCGCCAUGGAGCGGGCUGAGGAGCUUGGAGCACCUGGAGGUGCCAUGCGGGCUGGGAGCAGGAGGGGGAGUGGCGGGAGGAGGGGAGCAGCAGACGGUGUUCCUGGCAGCGCUGCUGCCGUCCCUCACGAGCCUCACUCGCCUCACCUCUCUCGUGCUGCACGGCGCCCCGCCCUCUCCGCCCACAUCUGCCUUCCCUGCAACUCACGGCUAUGACACCACGCCAUCCGCUCCACUCACUCCAAGCCCCCCCCCUGCCGCUUUCCCUGCCUCCAUCGCCGCCCUCUCCUCCCUGCGUCAUCUCACACUCUCCGCCUUCACCUCCCUCACUCACCUCCCUCCCUCACUCACUCUCCUCCCGCACCUUGUCUCCCUGCGCCUGCACACAUGCCCCGCCCUCCUCGCCCUCCCGCCCUGCAUGCACCUCCUCGCUCCCUCCCUGCGGGUGCUCGACCUGCUGGCCUGCCACAGCCUCUCCGCGCUGCCGCCAUCGCUGCCACAGCUGUCAAAGCUAGAGCGUCUGGUUCUCACGGAGGCGUUCAGCCUGCACUCACUCCCAAGCUCCAUUGGCACGUUGACGCGCCUGCGCCUGUUUGUGCUGGAGGGGUGCGAGGGGUUGAGUCCUGACAAGGUGCCACCCUCCCUGGCUGAUCUACCUCGUGGUGUCUUCUUCAGUGACGUCGUUGACAUCGAUGCCCUUGUGCCCCCUCAUGUCCCAUCAUAA